AUGAAAUAGGAAUAAAAUCAAUGUAAAAAUUAAACUUUUUCAUAUGAAUUAUUACCUUAAAGUUUGACAAAAUAGGAUGCAAUAUCACAUGCAUUAGCAAUAAAUUCAAAUAAUAAUCUGUUAUUAGUCUCAGAGGAAUUUAACUUUAAAAUAUUUUAUUUUAAAGAUGGAAGUUUAAAGUUUCUUUAAAAAUUUUAUUGCCCAAUUUUAAAAUCGAAUGAAUUUGCUAUAAAUUUUAUUAAUACACUAGAUUUUUGCAAAUAAAAAAAAUAGCUAUUUAUUUCUGGAUCAGAUACUUUGAUUACUAAAUGGUCAUUUAAUCUAAUAUCAAGUGUAAAAUAUAUUUAGAGAUUAGAAGGUUAAGUCUGUAUUGCAAGCCUUGUUAUUCAUCCUAUAAAAGAAAAUAUAAUUAUUUCUGGUAGUAAAUUGGGCUCAAUUUAUUUUUGGUUUGAUCAUCAAAAUUAUGAAGGUUAGCCCUUUUCAUAAACAAUCUCAGAACAUAUUAAAUGUGUUGUUGGAUUAUCAAUAAACGAUGAUGGUUCAAAAGUAAUAUCAGCAGGAAAAGAUGGAAUAAUUUUAAUUAUUGAACCGAAUUCCACAUCAGAACUGGAUUAUUCAAAAUGUUCUUGGAUAAUUAAAUAAAAAAUCCAGGUUAAACCACAUGGAUAUCGUAUAUGUUUUAUAAAUAAUGAUUCAUUUACUUUUUAACCAUAUGGACAAUCGUAAUUACAUUAUUACAUUCUUUUAAAUGGAUAAUUUAUAAAAGAUAAAGAAUUUUAAAUAUAACUUAAUCUUGAAGAUUGCAUGUACUUUUUCCCUCAGAUUUAUAACAAAAAAAAGAAAAUACUAUUCAAUAAAUGCGGAAACACUUUAAAUAUUUUAAAGUAUUAGGAAUUGAAUAAGGAGGAAUAAUUGCUUUAGUAUUACUAAUAAUUUUAAUUACAAUAAGUCAUUUUAUUUAAUGAAACAUUUAAUCCCUGGAUAUUUGGAACAGUGAGUGAAGAUGGAUAGUAUUUAAUCAUUUGGGAUGGUAUAUCAAGGAACAUUUAAGUAAGAAAAUAUACAAUAUAAAAUUGA